CUUGGCUGUACCAGCGGCGGCCGCGGAGAGGUUGCAGGCUUCGGUGCUGUAUCAGAGGUGGGUCUGGGGGCACUCGACGGCCCAGGAGUCGGCAACAUCUGCUGUGGGAAGCGGACAUCUUGCCUGGGAAGGUGGAGACCAAGGACCUGGCGCAGCUGCGGCAGCUCAACCUGGAGCUCCUGAGGCAGCUGUGGGUUGGCCAGGAUGCCAUGCAGCGGUCGGUGGCCAAGGCGGCCGCACAGGCAAGCCUGGACUCCAGCAGCAGCUACGUUUCAGAGAUGCCAUCGUCCCAAGAGAGAUCCUCAGUGGGCCCGAGAGCCUCCUGCCCGUGGGAUGCCAGCCAACGUGACCCCUGUGAUAUGUCUUCUCCUGGCGGGGCCAGCUCGGGAGUGAUCUCUCUGCCACUUGCCAAGUGCCAGCAUCAGGAGUCCCUGAAGCGCUGCUCGGCACCAUUGGGGGCUACCUCAGACUCGGAUGACCCAGGACAUUCAGCAGAGCUGGAGGCUCAGGCCCCGAGGUCCAUCCCAGAUCAACAAAGCAAGCUGCCCACGCCAAGAGUGACCUUCAGCAAGGAGUCUCCAGUGCCUGAGAAGAGCUGGCGCCUCAGGCCCUACCUGGGCUAUGACUGGAUUGCAGGGUCUCUGGACACCAGCUCGCCCAUCAGCCGCAAGCCCGAGGACUUCUUCUUGCAGCUGCAGGAGUUCCGGGAGGCCAACAAGGAGGAGUGCUUUCACCGUGACCCCGCACCCCAGCUCCUAGGCCCCCAGGAGGGUGCUGGCGCCGAGGAGGACCAUGAAUGUGUGUACUGUUACCGUGUCAACCGGCGCCUGUUCCCGGUGCCUUCGGACCCCGGCACCCCCUGCCGUCUGUGCAGGACACCGCGGGACCAGCGGGGCCCUGAGACCCUGGCAGAGCCAGCGCAGGUCAGGGUAAGCAUCCCGCUGUCCAUCCUGGACCCCCCGCACCGGUACCGCAUCCACCGGCGGAAGAGCUUCGACGCCUCCGACACGCUGGCCCUGCCCCGGCACUGUCUGCUGGGCUGGGAUAUUCUCCCUCCAAAGUCCGAGAAAGGCUCGGCCCCCAAGAGCCUGGACCUCUGGUCCUGUGUCGCCUCCGAGGCCCAGCACCGGAAGCUGAUGGCAGGCCCUGCCCACCCGGCCCUGUCAGUGCGGGUCCCACCCCCCACCCCGAUCUGGUCAGAACCGUAGGUGCCCCAGCCCUGCGCCCCCUGGCUGAGGCCCUGA